AUGCUCUCUGUCCUGAGAGCGGUGGAAGACAGGAUAACAGACACAACUCUCAGCCUGCAGUGCAUUCAAGAUCAGAAGAUUCCAAUUGCUCUGUGUCUCAUCAUCGCAGUGCUGGUCUCCGUUAUAAUUGCACUGGCCGUGAGAACCCCCCAGGCUUGCCCGCCCCCCAUCGACGCCGCGUGCCCGGAUGGCUGGAUCAGAAACCGAGGCAAAUGCUACUUCUUCUCUGAGACGGAAGGGAACUGGACAUCCAGUCAAAGCAACUGCUCUUCGCUCAGCGCCUCCCUGGCUGUGAUUGACUCCCAGCAGGACCUGGUUUUCAUGCUGUGCUAUAAAGGGCCCUCUCACCACUGGAUUGGCCUACGGAAGGAGCAGAACCAGACCUGGAAAUGGCCCAAUGGAACCGAAUUCAACAACAUGUUUCCAGUGAGAGGGGAAGGGCAGUGCGCGUUCCUGAAUGACGCCGGUGUCAGCAGCUCCAGAUGCUACUCGGAGAGAGGGUUCAUCUGCAGCCGGCCAGACGACAGCACUAGAAGGAAGCCAGGCGCCGCCAGAGGGGACCCUGUCUAAGCUUAAGGGACCGCUGCAAACUCUUCAGUGAUCAAAGAAUUUCCACCAUGGUCAUUUUCAGGGGGCAUCCUACCUCUGCAGCCAUGGCUCUGCGCAGACGCCUGCCGAAAACCCAGUGACAAACACUAACCUCCUGCAAGAUUACUCUGUUACCACGCUGGCUUUUAAACCCUUUUGGUUUUUAAAAAAGGUGAACGUUGGGUUCCCCUUGAUAUAAUUCUGUGACCUUCAUAACAAGCUCAGAUUCUGCAAAAUCCCAACUUCUUUUUCUUUUUUCUUCUUUUUUUUUAUAGUAUGCGAUAUAUCGAU